AUGACCGACGUCUUUCCCGUCUGCGGGUACCGCCGCCGCCCGUACUUCCUCUUCUCAGGAAUACUUGGAACGGUUUCAACUGCUAUCGUUGCAAUAACUAUUGGAUUGCCAGUGAGUUCUGCUGUACUUUGCUUGGUGGGAAUCUCAACAGCAGUCGCCAUUGCUGAUGUAACAAUAGAUGCUUGCAUUGCAAAGAAUAGUAUUUAUAAGCCGGCGCUGGCUCCAGACAUGCAGAGCCUUUGUGCAUUCUCAUCAUCUCUAGGUGCACUUGUUGGGUAUGCUACAAGUGGCAUGUUUGUCCAUCAUCUUGGAGCACAGGGUGCGUUAGGUGUUAUGGCUAUACCUCCUGCCACAGUGGUUUUCCUUGGAUUUUUCAUAUAUGAGCUGAAAGCACGUCAACAUAAUGUUAAAGAGAAGGUUUUGAACAAGGUUAGUGGGGCAGUGAAAGGAAUGGUUCGGACUAUAAGGUAUCCAGUAGUGUGGAAGCCAUCUCUUUACAUGUUCCUUUCGCUGGCUCUGAGUAUCAGCACCCACGAGGGGCAAUUCUACUGGUAUACUAACAAGACACCACCUAAUCCUGGAUUUUCACAGGAAUUCGUGGGGCUGGUCCACGCCAUCGGCGCGGUGGCGUCCAUGCUGGGCGUACUCGUCUACCACAAGUGCCUCGAGGACUACCCGUUCCGGAGCAUCCUCUUCUACGCGCAGCUGCUGUACGGCGUGUCGGGGCUGCUGGACCUCACCUUCGUGCUCCGGUGGAACCUGGCGCUGGGCGUCCCCGACGCGGCGUUCGUGACCCUGGAGGAGUGCGUGUCCCGCGUGGUGGGCCGCGUCCGGCUGAUGCCGAUGAUGGUGCUGAGCACCAAGCUGUGCCCGCCGGGCAUGGAGGGCACCUUCUUCGCGCUGCUCAUGUGCAUCGACAGCCUCGGCACGCUGGCGGCCAAGGCCGGCGGCGCGGCGGUGCUGCGCGCGCUGCGCGUGACCAGGACCGACUUCGGCCGCCUCUGGCUCGCCGUGCUGCUCAGGAACGUGCUCAGGCUCGCCACGCUGGGGGUCAUCGGCCUCGUGCCCACAGCGGACCAGACCGACGUGCUGGUGCCGCGCGAGCUCCUGGUGAGCUCGAGCUCGCCGGCGGGUGUGGCCGACGAGGAGGAGGAAGAGAGGCUGCAGCUGGCGAUGCUCACUUCACACACUGACGAUGUAUAA